AUGGGCCCCACCAAAAUAAAAACAGUAUUUAAGAAAUAAGAAUGAAAAUACUUGGGCGUCCCUGUCAAGGGAGUAAAUAUAAAUGGAUGAAGACGACGGGGAAAAAAGUCUUCGCCGGAGCUUUGAAAAUCCGCCACAAACUUACGAGGAAAGGUUAAAAUCCAAAGGAUCUUGCUCUUCAACUUUCUACGAAGGUUUCACUACUCUUAAACCUCCAAAAGACCCCACCGGAAACUUUCCAUUUCCUUUUCUACCGGAAGCUCUGGAUUCAGCCUUCAUUCAACGCUUUAUUCAGUUCACCACGAGUUGAGGGAGCCAUUGGCAACUCGUUUGCAGCAAUCGAAGCCCAACGGAUAAGCGCCUCGUUGAUAAUCAAUCAAUGACUGGUAAAGCAGACAAGGUCUACGUUGCUAUCGGGAAUGAUCUUCACGAUGGAUUUAAGACAUUGGGGUGGACUCUUGGGAAAUGGAAGUCUCAACCGAUUUCAAUUGUGAUUCUUCACAUCGCCUAUACCAAUUCCCAGGAAUAUGUCUACACUCCAUUCGGAAAGCUCCCUGCGAGUUCUGUAAGUGAAGACAAAGUGAAAGUUCUGAGAAAAUAUGAGCAGGAAAAGAUCGAUAAGCUACUUUCUAAAUAUGUAGAUUUUUGUGGCAAGGUAAAAGCCGAAAUACUCAAGGUUGAGAAAUCUGAUGAACCUAUUCAUAGGUUCCUGGUUGACUUGAUUUCAGAAUUGGGAAUCACCAAUUUAGUCAUUGGUUUUACGUUUAUGAAAUCUUCAUCUUGGAAAUCAAAGAAUGCAAUUAGUGGAUCAUUUUACAUUUACAGAAACAAGGCCAAUUCUUGUGAGUUGUUUGUAAUAUGGGGAGGAAAACAGGUAUUUCUCAGAGAUGAAAGAAUCAUGGAAGAUGAUAAAGGUGUAAGGAUCUCUAAAAUCAGCAGCAAGCAUUCAUUCAAAGACUGGCUGGGAAAGAUGUUCAUGGAAGAUCCAAUCUAUUCCACAGAGAGGAUGUUGAGUCUCUCGUCUUCUUCACCAAGUAGUUCAAAUUCCUUGAGUUCUCGAAAUUAUUGGGACAAUAAUAUCCAUGAACUAGAGAACUACUACGAGGAAUUACUAUCGUUGAAUUUGCAGGAAGAAAAAGACUGCGAGCAGGAUCAAGAGGAUGUUCUUGAAACUUCAAGUUCAACCCAGUUCAAUAUUCUGGAUCAUCCUGAUUCAGAUAUGAAUACUGAGGAAAGCAUUGAGCAUCUUAGGACUAAAAUAGAGGAAGCUCGCAAGACCAUCCAGUUGAUGAAAGAUGAAGCAAAGGGUAGUGCUGAAAGGCAAGCUAAAGCAGAGUGGGCCAUUAAUCUGUGCAGUCAGCGGACCGAAGAGCUUGAAGCACAGAUAAAAGAAGAGGUUACAAUUAGGGAAGAGUUGCAGAAAGAAUUAGACCCUGCCAAAGAAUGCAUUCUUGAAAUAGUACGUGAUAUCGAGGAAAGCAAGAACAGAUUAAGUUCACUUCUCGAACUGCAAGCUGAGCUAUCAAGGAAGCUCCAAAUUUCCACUGCAGGAAAAUCGCGUAUAGAAGCUCAAUUGGAGAAGACAGCGAAAACAAAAGAAGGGAUGGUGAGAGAAAUCGAGGAGCUGAGGAGACAAAGAGACAUUCUUAACCGGAGAAUUGAGUUCUGCAAAGAGAAAGAUGCCAUUGGAAUGGCUGAAAGGUCGAGUGAAGUGACUUGCAGUACAAGAGUUUACACGGCUGAAGAGAUCAGAUUAGCCACCGAGGGCUUUUCAGAACAAAUGAGAUUGAGUUCCCGGGUGUACAGAGGACGUAUCAACCAUAAUUCAAUUGCAAUCCAAAUGAUCGACUCAGGAAAUUGUCUGUCAGAAGAAGAUUUUCAAUCUAAGGUGGAGCUUUUAAGCCAUAUCCGUCACCCUCAUCUGAUUGCCAUGAUGGGAUUCUGCUCCGAGCUCAAAUGUAUUGUCUUUGAUUACAUGCAUAAUGGUAGUUUGAGUGACAGACUACUUCCAACGAACAAAAGAUCCAGGAAAAUACGCCGCCCUCUCAUGUGGCAUGACAGAAUCCGUAUAGCAUCAGAGGUAUGCUCGGGCCUGAGCUUCCUUCACCAGGCUCAACCUCAGCCCAUUUCUCAUGGCAACCUCACCCUCUCCAAAAUUCUCCUGGACCAAAACCUUGUCGCCAAAGUCACUGGUUUUGGGCUCGCCGAAUUGGAUGAAGCUGGUGGUAUUGCGUUGGACAUCCAGGCUUUUGGGGCUCUGCUGCUACAUCUGGUAACUGGGAGGAAUUGGACAGGGCUGAUUGAGAAGGCACUGACGAUGGGAAAGGUUGGUAUUGUCCAGAUUUUAGACGACGAGGCUGGACAGUGGCCGUUGGACUUGGUUGAUGGGCUAGUUGAUCUGGCUUUGAGAUGCGUAACCCCAAAUGGUUUAAAUUCAGAGCUUAACUUGGCGACAGCCAUGGAGGAGAUCGAUGAGAUCAAGGCGAAAGCAGAUGAUCUAGUGGGAAACGAAGGUGCAAAUGCAACUAAUGAGGAUGUAGAUGAUGUGCCAAGAAUCUUCAUCUGUCCCAUUUUGCAGGAAGUGAUGAAGAACCCACAUGUGGCAGCAGAUGGGUUCUCGUACGAGUUAGAGGCCAUAGAAAAAUGGAUAAUUGCAGGACACGAUACAUCACCAAUGACCAACUUGAGGUUACAGCAUCCUUAUCUCACCCCUAAUCACACACUUCGCUCUCUCAUUCAAGACUGGCAAAAUGAGACCUCAAAUCUUUACACUUUAGAUUUAGCGACUGAUAGUUGAAUGUAUACUUGAAAAUAGACUGAUAGUUUGUCCCAUUUUCUUU